AUGUCCACAAACGGAAAUACAGUCAACGGCAUCAUGGUAGAAUAUGAACACACCCGGCUUUUCAACUUAUCUCCGCCUCCUUCUCUUGAUGCCUUCAAGAAACUUUGCUCUCAGAAAGCCACCAAAGCAGACUACCCUCUCGCUGCAGACAUUAAGGAGAACGUACCUAUUUACAACCUUUCCAACUUUCCAACCCUCACCGAAACCCAAAAGUCCGCCCUCCAAAAUGAAUGGUACAAAGUCCUUUUGUAUGGACCUGGCGUUUUUGUCACAGCCGGUCUUUACACCAACUUGGACGUUAUCAACAAGUCAACAGCUGCCUUCAGCAGUAUCAUCAAAAGGGAGAGUCAGGGUACCAAAGCAGCAGGCGAUCACUUUGCAAGGGCUGGCAAAAACGAUCGGAUUUGGAACUCGUUCAGCAAACAUGGCCUCCAAGACCCAGACUCCUUCUUCAGCUACUAUUCAAAUCCCUACCUCGGCCUCAUCUUCUCUUCAUGGCUUGGUCCAGGGUAUCGCAUCACUACUCAAGUCAACAACGUCCGACCUGGAGGGCAGCCUCAAGUUUCACACCGCGAUUAUCACCUGGGUUUCAUGUCUACUGAGACCUGUGGAAAGUAUCCCAGGGUAAUGCAAGUUGCAAGUCAAUGCUUGACCUUGCAAGGUGCUAUAGCACAUGUUGACGUACCUCUUGAGAGUGGCCCGACGAGACUUUUACCGUUCAGUCAGGCAUUUGCACCCGGCUACAUGGCGUAUCGUCUUCCUGAGUUUAACGAGUUCUUUCUGGACAAUUAUAUCUCACUUCCGUUAAAGAAGGGCGACGGUUUAUGGUUCAACCCUGCUCUUUCCCAUGCAGCAGGCGAGAAUAAGUCUUUGGACAUCAAUCGCCUUGUCAAUCUCGUCCAGAUUAGCAGUGCAUUUGGUAAACCGAUGGAAACAAUCGACGCUUUGCCACUUGUGGAGAGUACGUGGGACGUCUUGACUACUGCUUAUAAAGCCCAGGGCCUCAGUGAUGAAAUUCAGAUGUUUAUCGCUGCUAUUGGAGAAGGUUAUCCUUUCCCAACAAAUCUGGACAACAACCCUCCUAAAAACGAGAACAUGGCGCCUGAUUCGGAGCAAGACAUUAUUCGAGCUGCAUUGGUAAACGGGAAGAGUAGAGAGGAAAUUUUAGCUGAUCUUGAAGGCUUCCGUCUAAGAGUAAGAGCUUAG